CAGCCCCUCCAACCUCGCAGAGUCUGAGCUUCAACUUGCCAUCAUGAGAGUCACCGCUUUACUGUUAGGCUCGGUACUGGCUCUUCCUCGUCCAGAAGAACAGCAGUCUGGGAUUGAGCUAGCAAGACGGCAACAGAAUCCUUUGCUCCUCAUCAAGAAUCUUGUUCAAAGGUACAUGCAUCGUCUUACUGGGCCUCACUAAUUUGCUAGCAACUCUGCAAAGAAUGGCCUAACUAGGGCAAGUGUUGGUCAAGCUGCCUCUCAGACAUCCAACGACAAUUUCAUCAACGAAUGUCAAGGAAGUGCUCUGACGAACGGUGUUCAGGCCAAGUCUGGCAGCUGUAAUGGCAUUACCAUGGGCAAUAUCCCAAGCGUUCAAAACAUGGUCAGCACAAUCAUCACAAACCCUGCUCCUGGUGCUGUACUCGCCGCCAAUCAGCCCUUCAAUGUUGUUGCCAAAGUUGCCAAUUUGCAGACUGGCUCUUUCACCAAUCCUGACACGACGUACUACGCAGCACCUCAGCAGUUGAAUGCACAAGGCGAGAUCAUUGGCCAUACACACGUCACCAUUCAAAAUCUUGGAACGGACAUGACGCCAGACCAGCCCCUGGAUGCGCAAAAGUUUGCCUUCUUCAAGGGUAUUGAUGAAGCUGCUGUCAAUGGCCAAGUGACUGCUGCAGUGACAGACGGCUUGCCGGCUGGCAACUAUCGUGUCUGCACCAUGUCGAGUGCGUCGAAUCACCAAGCUGUCAAUAUGCCUGUCGCGCAACGCGGAGCUCAAGAUGAUUGCGUUCGCUUCCAAGUAUCCGGCAAUGCAAAUGCGGUGAAUGCCAACGUCAAUGCUAAUGUCAACGCCAACGCCAAUGUCAACAACAACAAUAACAAUAGGGUCACUGCGAAUGUCAAUGCAGCCCCAAAUUUGGCCAGCAAAGCUGUUCAAUCUGUCAACAGGCAGAACCAACAGUUGGCUCAGCAAUUGAGCGUCGUGGAUGCUCCCACCAACAGGGCGACUAGCUCCGUCUUACAAACGGGCACUACUGCCCUUUUCCAGAGACUGCAGUCCCUUUUGGGUGGGUUCAAGGUCAAGAGACAAGCACCGGGGAUUGCCGAUAAUGCUGCUUUGCAACUGCUCACGUCAUUCCUUGGAUCUCAAACGCCUGGCAAUACCGCAGUCGAUGCUGCACGAAGUCUCGCCGUUCAAGAGAAGACAGCUGGCAAUCAAGCUACUGGACCCCGUGGAUUCAAGCUUGUAUCCAAUGGCGCACAGCAAAUUCAACAGCCUCAAGCUCAGCAGCUCGUUGUAUCUGCCACAUCGCCCACUCAAGCCACGAGUACAACUCAAAACUUGGUAGUGAGUGCACUGGCACAGAAUGUCAAUGCUGCAGAAGGCGCUGCUGUAGCCUCAACCUCAAUCAAUGACGUGCAACGAGCGACGGAGACUCAGCAAGCUUUGGCAAAUGCUGCCAAUAGUUCUACGGAGCAAAAGGCAACACAAGGCAACGGCAAAGCGAUCAAGCAGCAAAAGAACAACAACAACAACAACAACGCGGGCCAGCAGCAAGGCAUUGUCGCAGCUCAGCAAGCCGCCGCUCAACAACUCGCUGUCAAUCAGAACGUCAAUGCUGCUCAGCAGAGCGCUGUUGCCAAUCAGAAUGCAGCUCAGCAGACGGGCGACAUCACUGCAGAGCAAGCCGCUCAGCUCGUCAGCCUAUUGACACAAGUUCUUGCCAACAACAAUGCGCAGAACGGCAAUGGCAAUGGUAAUGGUAAUGGCAAUGGUAUCAAUGGCUCUCAGCAGCAGCUGUCCCGAGCUCAGCAACAGCAACUCCGGAACCAGCAGCAGCAGCAAGAGCAGCAGCGAAAUGCCCAGUUGCAAGCUCUUGCUCAGGAUGCCGCCGGCAACAACAACAAUCAGCAGCAGCAGCAGCAGCAGCAGCAGCAGCAGCAGCAGCAGCAGCAGCAGCAACAGCAGCAACAGCAACAGCAACAG